AUGGCACGGCCAGGAGAUCAGCUCAGCCAGGAAAAGCUUUGCUGUUCAAUCUGUCUGGAUCUACUGAAGGAUCCAGUGACUAUUCCCUGUGGACACAGCUACUGUAUGAGCUGUAUUAAACACCACUGGGAUAAGGAGGAUCAGAAGAAAGUCUGCAGCUGUCCUCAGUGCAGACAGACCUUUGAAACAAGGCCUGCCCUGAAUAUAAGCACCAUGUUGGCAGGUUUAGUGGAGGAGCUGAAGAAGGCAGAACUGGACCCCCAGCCUCACUUUGAAGUUGUUCCAUUUAAGAAACAAAAGUUUAAUGGGGCUUUCACAACGCUUCCGGAGAACACCUGCCCUCAUCAGUUUGAGGUUUUCUGCCGCACCGAUCAGCAGUGUAUCUGUUAUAAGUGCGCUUUUGAACAACAUAAAGACCACGGCACUGUUUCCGCUGCAGAAGAAAUGGCCAGGAAGCAGAAAGAGCUUGGGGUGAUUCGGCAAAACAACAAGGAAAGAAUCAAGAAUGUAGAGAAAUAUGUGAAGCAGCUUCAGAAGGAGGUGGAGUAUAUCAAUCGCUCUGCUGAUAAAGCUGUAGGGAAUUGCGAGAUGAUGUCCACUGAGCUCGCCCGUCUCACGAAGAAAAACGCUGAUGUAAAGCAGCAGAUCAAAAAGCAACAGGAAAGUGAAGUGAGUCGGGCCAAAAAGCUACAGAAGAAGCUGCAGCAGGAGCUUGCUGAGCUGAGUAGGAGGGAUGCUGAGCUGGAGCAACUCUCUCACACACAGGACAACAUUCAGUUUCUGCGUGGUUACUUAUCGCUUUCAAAUAUCACUACAUCUGCCAUCUUCCCCGUCAUCAAUAUCCACCCUCUGCAACACUUUGAUGAUGUGACAACAAUAGUGUCAGAUGCCAUAGUUAAACUAAAGGACAGUUAUGGUAAGGAAUUGAACAAGAUCUCAGGGGCAGUGAGUAAAGUAUAUGUUUUACUGCCACAAGACCCCAAGUUCAGAAUGGAUCCAAACACAGCCAGCACGAAGAUGGUACUAUCUGAAGAGAACAGAAAAGCAACCUCAGUCCAAGAUGAACAGUCAUAUCCUAGUCACCCAGACAGAUUCAUGGACAGGUCUCAGGUUCUGAGUAGCAAAGGUCUGACGUCUGGACGUUGUUACUGGGAGGUGGAGUGGAGUGGCUUAGGAGUUACAGUAGCUGUCGCAUACAAGGGUAUUGUUAGAACAGGAGAGGAAAGUAUCUUUGGAAACAAUGACAAGUCUUGGGCUUUAGAGUGUGUGGCCAAAGGUACUGAUAAUUAUAUUAAUUUCAAACAUAACAGUAAGAAAAUUCACAUUUCUGGCCCUCAAUUCUCCAGAGUAGGAGUUUACGUGGAUUACAAGGCAGGUAUUCUGUCCUUUUACAGCGUCUCUGAAACUAUCACUCUCCUCCACAAAGAGCAGACCACAUUCACUCAGCCUCUCUAUGCCGGACUGGGAGUUUAUUAUAAGGGGUCUACAGCAGAGUUUUGUGACGUCAAGUAG